AUGAAUUCUAACAGUAUAAAAACGAAACAUUUAUUUCGUUCACCAUUGAUUUGUCGCAUAUGUGGUGAUGUGGCAAGAGGUAUGAAUUUUGAUGUCAUGACUUGUAUGGCUUGUAAAGCUUUUUUUCGACGAAAUGCUUUGCAACCAUUAGGUACGUCACAAUGUACACGAAAAUCUAAUUGUGAAAUAACAGUAAAAACACGAACAAAAUGUCCAGAUUGUCGUUUAAAAAAAUGUUUUCAAUCAGGUAUGAAAGCACAAUUGAUUCGUUCUGUUACUCGACAUCAAACCGUUUGUUAUGAUGUUCGACAAGUACUAACAACUAACAAACAAUAUAUUUCAUUGCCAACACCUGAACCACUUGAUUUCUUUCAAAAUAAUCAUUCAAUUCAUAUUACUGAACAAUGUAAUCUUCUUUCAAAUUUUAUGCAUAUCGAUGAUGAACAUAAUAUGUUUAAUAAUAUUAAAUGUUUAUUUAUUAAUGGAUCAUCUUUACCAGCAAGACUACCUGUCGAAUAUUAUUUUCAUUGA